AUGAUCGGUCGGAUUCUUGCUGAAAUCCCGGGCGCAGAGUUCCAGAUUGACCGUCAAGGGCCUCUGGGUUCAAUUGGAGAGGACAAUGGCUGUCAUGACUGUGGAUACUAUCGCAAGAAAGUAUCAUUCACGGUCACUAGUCUCGAGGAAACCCUCACAAUCCAAGUUGGAAAUACCGAGUCUCAGACGCGACUGGGAGGCUUUCCUAAAUCCGUUCAAAAGCUCUUGGAUGAGCAACAAGUGCAGAGUUCCUUUGGCCGUUCAGAUCACCGGACUGAUGCCUGGCCGCCUACAAGACAAUGCUUCUGUCGCCGUGGAACCAAGAGGCGGAUCGCAUUCGCCGAAACCCCCCUUGGGGAAAAGAGGAGGCGGUUGGCAAGUCUGGCCUCCGAAAACUGA